AGUAUAUUUUAGUUUUAAAUAGGUUCACUUAGUCCCAGUUGUAUAACUUAAUCACUGAAAGUUUCUAAAAUAAGGAUGCAUCAUGAAGCAUUUAGAAAUAAUGCAAGUAUAAAGAGCCAACAAAAGCAGAAUUUAUAAUUAUGAAUAUAACUUAUCUAACAAGAUUUUACACCAUUUUGCCAAACCGAUAAUAACAACAUGGAUCCAAUGCCAUGCACUCAUAAAGUAUCCCCUGACUCAAUAAAAUUAGGCGUACAAUCAACAGAACAACCGGAAGGUCAAAAUGAACAAAGCUUAUUACAACAAAAUCUAGCUCAAGAAACCGGACAUAUUGGAAAAAGUAGUGAUCUUAAAGACAAUCAUCAAGACCCUCUACAAAAACCGAAUGCUGAAAAUGCUGCUAAAGUGAAUGCAUUUGACAAGACUAGAACAGAAACAGCUCAGAAAGUAUCAAAAAUAAAGGAUCAACAAAGAACAAGAAGAAAGAAACACCAACUUCAAAUGAAAGAGAUGUUAAAACAAACAAACAAGCUGAUAAUAAAUAUGUCAACCAUAUUUGAGAGUCUGAUUAAAGAGUUAAGCAUCCAGAUUCAGAACCAGACAAAGAUUUUGAACGCUCUGUUAGAGAAAUUGAACACACUGUCGGUGAAUAUGAACACACUGUUAUUGUCUAUGAACACUCUGUUGAAGAAUAUAGAUAUACUGUUGCGAAAUAUAAAUAUCCUAGUGAAGAAUAUUGAUGCCGAUUUAUUCGAAUAAAUGAUUAAUUUAUUGAAGAAAUUUAACAACUAACUGAUUGUAAGUAGUAUGGAAAAGCUGUUUAAUUGGGUGUCUAUUUGCAACAUUAUUUGUUAUAUAAAAUGUGUUUAUCAAUAGUUUAGUUUAUAAUAUUAAGAUUAUCUUAAAAUUCAGUAGGUCAGGGGUAAACAGAUUAUAAAUCUCUUAAUCAAUUCGAAACCUUUGAUUAUAUUUAUCUGGUUAAGCAACUAAAAUUGAUAUAUAUCUAAAGAUUGUAUUUUAAAUUGAUCU